GCAGUAAGUUAGGGUUCAUGUUUUCCCCAAUUCCGUAGUGAAAUUCAGACAAAUUGAGAAGUAAUCAUGAUGUCGAUAGAGGAUAUCCUCGAUAUCUGCAUAGAGAAGGGGAGAGAAGUUGAAGAUAAGAUUAAAAAGAUCUCUGACGAUGCACGCCUUGAGAAGUUGAAAUUGGAUGAGGAGUAUAAGAAGAAAGCAAGGGAGGGUGAGGAGAUGUUUGCAGUGAAACGAAAGUAUAAUGACAUACGGAAGCCUCUCUACGAGGAAAGAAAAGAGCUUAUCAAAUCGAUUCCUGAUUUCUGGCCGACUGCUAUUCUUAAUUAUUCGGGUCUCCGGAGAUUCUUGAGCAAACAUGACAAAGAAGAGAUCAUCAUGUUUCUAAACUCUGUGAUUGUUGAAGAUGGCGCAAUUACCUUUUUCUUUGAUGAGAAAAAUCCACAUUUCAAAAAUACACACCUCACGGCGGUAUACUCACGCACUGACAAAGGAAUAGUUCAGAAAGAAGGGACUAAAAUCUUGUGGAAGGACACUACAACUGGAUCAGAAAAUGAGAUUCCGGGAAGAUAUCACUCGCUCACAGAUGUCCAAAAGAAAAGCUUCUUUACAUUGUUCUUUGAGCUUAAACGCAAAACUCCACGAAAGCCUUUUGAUGUGCUGCUUAAGAAAAUCGAAGAGCGUCUAUGGCCAACUGCACUUAGCUACUUCUUAAAUUGGGAGAUUACUGCACUGGAAGCAGAGAAAGGAAUCAAGCAUAAGAUUGCUUUGGACGAACUGAAGAUUAUACACCGCAAGCUUGAAAGGAUUAAUGACGAAGAAUACCGUGAAAGCGAAGCAGUGGAGCAAGAAUUUGGGAAAAAGGCAAGGGAACUGCAAGUGCCUAUUGAGCAGAAAUGUAACAAAGACCAGAGACCUCUUUAUCAGGAAAGAAAUGAGAUUGUCGAAAAGUUUCCAAACUUCUGGUUACUUGCGUUUUUGAGUCAUUAUGCACUUGGCGAUCUUUUCAGUGAGGAAGACCAAAAGAUAUUCAGGUUUGUAAAGUCUAUGUAUGUCGAAGAUGAGGAAGAUGUAGUAUCUGGGUACAAGAUUACAUUUAACUUCAAUAGAAACCCAUACUUCACAAACACAAGUCUUACAAAGAAAAUCUCAUUUUUUGAAGAUGGAGUUGCUAACUUAAGUGCAGUUGAUAUCAAAUGGGAGGUUAAAAUGGACAUUGCAACUGAAUAUCAACAUGACACUUCUGUUACCAAUAUAAGCUUCUUUACCUGGUUUUUUGCUCCUCGAGUUCUUAAACCAGCGUACCAUGAUGAGGUGUGUGGGCUAAUUAAAGAUGAAUUGUGGCCGAAUGCUGUUAAGUAUUUCAGCAAUGAAAAUGGAAGUGACGAAGAGGAUGAACGACCAAAAAGGCUUCGAGGAAUGACACAGCCAGCCUCUAUCUAAUCUAGUUCGGGUCUUCACUUUUCGGUGUGCUGGUGUUGGCUUACUAAUCUGUCGGAUUCAUCAACUUUUGCCAUGAAGACAUCAGAACUGCUUGUAAUUAUUAGACCACCUGCGCACUCAUUUAACAUAGCAUGGAGUUCUCCUGCAGUAUAUAAUUUCAUAACUAAAAUUUAACUUGCAAAAGUAUGCCUUAAAAACUUUAGCGGCUAUGUAACUCUUCAAUCCGCAUCUCGACUUAACCAAUC